AUGUCCUUCGCGCUUCGUGGGGCGUUAGGGCGUGGCUAGGGUAUCGUCUUGAGGCUUGGGUAGGCAGCACAUAUAUAUGAGAGCUACAUAGGAGAACUACCUCGUCUCGAGGGUGAACAUGCAAACCUCAACUCCAGGGCAUCGUCAUCGGCUGACAUGACCCUCGGAUCGGUUAUAUGCCAUGCGACGGUGCCUAGGACGGGACCGGAGCCCCCCUCGACCGCCUCUCUCGGGUCCCCCACCGAUUCGCCGAGUAGACGCGCAGUCGAACUCCAAGGCACCCAUUCCCGGGCUCCCGAGAAAACACUCUCCUUGAUCUGAACGUUGGUGCCGGACAAAGGACAGGACGAGCAGUGUCUGGCUUGAUUGACAUCCACUCUGUUUUGUGAAACCCGCACGUGGACUGCUUUACAUAAGUACGACGAUUCUCCGUCAGGUUAUACUAGGGUCCUCAAUACAUGUCGUCUCCAAUGCUCGAGACGCCGAGGAGCUGCGUGUUAAGGUCUGGCAACACGUUGACAUACGAUAUUAGGGCACCCGGGAUCCGUCCCACGAUCCAACUGUGAUACUAACUCUUUACCUAAAAGACAACCCGUGUUCUAAUCCGCAUAGCAUCUGAGGCAGACAGCAUGGCGUCUCAGCCAGAGUCGUCUACAGCGUUUGAGGUAGACGCAUCCCAAUACCCAUUCACACCCCGUGAGUUCCUCUCAUCCGCUGUCAUCUUGUCACCCUCUAACCUCACUCGGCCCAUCGAGGUGCCUCCCAGGGCAGGGCUAGGACCGAACAAUUGGCCCAGAGGUCGUCAUCCCCCGCGAUAUAACCCCCUUGGCCUCGAACUCUCGGCGUGCGCGGGGUGCGCCUCGAAGAAGACGCAUCAGACAUGUGACGCCGAUCCGAAUACCCCUCCGGGUCUAGGAUGUACUGAGUGCAAGAAGAAAAAGAUAGAAUGCCGGUGGAACAGAUCCCUCCUAGCGCCCAGGCCCGACGGGAUGACAAUACCGCUGCAAUGCGACGAGUGCACCGCGGCCGGCGAAUUGGUAAUGUGCUCGUGGCGUUUCCACAAUGGCGACUUUACCCAGCCGUGCGUUAGGUGUGCGACGGACCCUGGCCGGGUCUGCACCCAUAUGGGCGUCAACCCAUCGAACCUGAUCGCUGCCCGGCACACCAAUUACACGAGGACACAGCACUUGCCGCCGGAUGUCCUUGCAAAGAUAGCGAAGACCGAUCGAUCCGUCAACGUGACUACGACUUUCGUCCCCGGCGGCCCCGACAUGGUAGUACCCUUCGACCAGACGGAUCGCGUCAAGUGCGAGCUCUGCUCGCUGCGCUGCUUCCCGCGAGAAGAGAAGGCGCAGCGGUGCAACGUAAACCUCGAUACGCCCGAGGGCUGCAAGAUCUGCGCCGACUACGGCAUCGUCUGCGUGGUGAACAACCAGGCCCUGCCGCCGUUUCGCGGCCAGAGGACGAAGGCGUACCCGAAGUUCGGGAACUGCGACCGGUGUAUCUCAGAGACGCGGCGGUGCGACCGAACGCGGCCCUGUCACAACUGCAGGGUCCGGGGAGUCCCGCACCUCUGCACGGGGCCGCUGAAGGGCUGCUUCUGGCGUGGCGCUCCCGGCGACGACAUGGCGACCUACUUCGGAGCGCUCGGGUUCGGCCCCGGCGGUACGGCCAUAUGGGUCGGGCACCGCGGCUUCACCAUCCCACGCGACCACCACCUCCAGUUCAUGCGCCACAUCGAGGAGAUGAACUACGCCGGCACCACCAACAUCCCCCCGCCGCCGCCAGCCCGCGACCUGCCUCGAACACAGCUGGCGGGAGAGCAGCAAUCGCUAGAGCUAGAGCCUCUGCCAGAGCACCUGCAGAUGGACAUACUGCAGCCGGACACACAGCAGCCGGACAUACUGCAGCCGCAACCGUUGCAGCCGCUAGACCCAGUAGAACAGCGCCUGAUGUUGCUUCUGGGAGAAGGCCAACCGGCCACGAGUCCCAGCGGUGGCCUCGGCUUUGUAGAGGGAAGCGGGACAUCCGAUCCUUUGGGAAUUCUUGGACAACCCCCGGACAUUGGUCCCAUAGACCCCAACCUUAUGGCUGGGAUAAUUCCCGAGGGUGCUGGCUCUUCGGGAGAUAGCACGGCGGACGCGGGGCCUCCCAUGGACGAAGGUAUGUUGCAACUCAUGAAUUACAUGACGGAAAACCCGCCCUCAGGGGGGGCUAGCACCAGCGGACCUGGCAGCUCUCCCGGGGGGUUCGGAUUGUCGCAAGGGGGUGCUAAUAAUUUUGGCGCGUUCUCUCAAGGAAUCGACCUGUUCAAAAACAUACCUCCGAUCGGGACCUCCGGGGCUCCCGGAUUGCCUACCCCCCCGGUGGACUUUCCAUAUACUACAACUCCUUCGGGCAAUACGGGGUCCUCUGGGGGGUUCGACUCGCUUGUGAGCAUGCCUUCGAUUGGGGCAAACAUCCCCGGGGCACGACUGGCAGCGGCACCAGCAGUGGUACCAGCAGCGGCUCCAGCAGCGGCUCCAGCAGCGGCUCCAGCAGUAGCACCAGCAGUGGCACCAGCAGCGCCUCCAGCCGUCGGCCAGCCUGGGGAUAUGGCAACUCCCGGCGGUACCGAUUCCGCGUGGGAUAUUGCUUUACUCCAUGACGACGGCUCUACAGUCCCCAUCGAUCUCGAAUUAACCAACUUCGAGCCAGCGCCAGACCCGCAGCCGGUCGAGGAAUCCCCACAGCCGUUAGGUGAUCCGGAGUGGCAAGAGCUCCACGCCCACAGAACGAUGACGCUCGAGGUGCUCGCUCUGAUAGACCUUGUCGACGAAGACGAAGCGGCCAUGUUCCAGGAGUUUCCAGACUUCAUCGCGCAAUACCGCCAGAUCUGGGAUGCCGCCAAAUUCCUCGUCGAGCAGAACAUCAUCAUCGACCUCGCCAGCAUCCGCAUGCGCCUGCGGCAGCACCUGUUCGCUGCCGUCCCGGCCAACCAGUCCAUCAUCCUCCGCGACAUCCGCAACUACCUCGAGGCCCGCUACGCCGCCAUCAGCGAGAUGAUCUGGGAAGAAGUCGCCGUGAACGUGCCGGACGGCGUGGACGCCGACGUGCUCGAGGCCCUCAACCCCGGACGCGCGCCGCUGCGCCUCGUGCAGAUGGUGCCGAGCGCGCGCGCCGAGUCGCCGGGGCCGCCGCGCCCGAUCUACCCGCCCGAGGCGCCGCUGCCGCCCAUCCCCGACGCCGCGAGCGUCCCGCGGGUGGCCCCCGAACACGCCGAGUACAUCGACGUCGCCAAGAUGACGCGGCCGCCGCCGCCGCACCCGAAUCCCGGCCCGCGCCCGGCGCUCGCGCUCGUCCCGCUCACCCCGAUCUACCCCGACGGCCGGCGGCGCGACGGCAGCCUCGCGGCGUGCAUGGCGAGGCGGCCGGGCGGGCAGCCGUGCGGCCGCGUGACGAGCUUCGUGUGCGAGUGCCUCGAGCACCCGCUGCACGCGCCGUUCCCGGUGUGCGAGACGUGCGACGACGCGAACCGCGAGGCGUUCCGGGAGGAGGUGGAGCAGGCGGUGCUGCUGCUGCGGGCGUACGCGUGCGCGGGGUGCGCGGCGGGCGUGGUCAGCAGCCCGGCGACGUACCGGGCGAGCGGCAAGCGGGUGUGGGGGAUGAGCCCGGUGCGGGAGGCGGAGAUCGGCGGGUUCGGGGCGUUCGCGCCGGUGCCGCGCGCGGGGUGGGAGAGCGCGGGCUCGUUCCGCGAGGACCUGCUGCCGUACACGGGGUGCGCGUGCGGGCUGAAGCUGCUGGGCCGGCGGCUGUGCAGCCCGCACCGGCUCAAGCUGACGAUCCAGCUGCGGCGCGAGGCGGUGGCGCUGUGGAACUGGGCCACGGCCGCCUUCGGCCGCGGCCGCACCUGCCCCUGGUGCCGCGACCGCCCCGGCGUCGACGCCUACGACUUCGCCGGCGCCGGCGGCAACGGCGGCAUCCAGGGCCGCGCCCAGCCCCGCGCCUGGCAGUGCCGCGCCUGCCACGACGUCGUCCUCGACCCCUUCAACACCGUGCCCCCGCCCGGCGUCCUGGCCGGCGCCCAGCUCGGCUGGGUCCCCCAGGAGGAGCCGGCCGCCGGCCACGACGUGGUCCUCGACCCCUUCAACACCGUGCCCUCGCCCGGCGCCCUGCCUGGCGCCCAGCCCGGCUGGGUCCCCCAGGAGGAGCCGGCCGCCGGCCACGACGUCGUCUUCGCCCCUGCUGACCCCACCCUCGCCCCCACCCCCGCCCCCGACAUCGACAUCGACAUCGACCUCGCCCCCGCCCCCGCCCCCGUCAUCGACCUCACGAGCCCCGGCCUCAGUCCGCCCGCCGAGGACUGGUUCCUGUCCGGCAUGUCGACCGCCUUCUCCCCGCCGGCAAACCUGGAGCAGUAAAAGAAAAAGUCAUCGUCGGGCAUUGCUGGCUUGCCUGUGCGCGGGGCGGGACAAGUCAGUUCGUCCAAGGUAAGCAGCACAGUAAGCACGGCUAAAUCAGGUAAGGAAGGAGGCGCGAGACGCGGCGACGACGAUAUGUGUGUGUGUCUACGCCGGUCUCUGCGCCGCGAGCUCAUGCUACUAACUAGCUAACCAACCCACGGCACAGCUUCGUCUAGAUACUUGAGGUAAGGGAGGGUCAGUCUUUUUUUUUUCUUUCUUAUUUUACGCGAGGGUAGGUAAGUAAGCGCAGAUAACUCUCCGGCUUGCGAGUUAUGCACGCACUGCUGUUUUGU